ACUUUCCAAGGCAACGACCAGCAGUUACGUUUUGAUUCAGUUCUCACUCUAGAGUUAAUCUCUUCACCCGAUUUAAAUUUCAGAUGACUCUAGACUUAUAGGCGCGUCCUUCCACCGAGCAGAUUGGCGUUUGGUUGAGUUGAGGUUCUGCUUAAUUCGUGCAAAGUAGGCCGAUCCUAUCAACAAGUGGUAUCAGAGCCAGUACCUAUCUUUGCGAUGACGAAUCAUGGUCAUUUCUCAACCAAUGUCUACGAGUAAGACCUGUUUCGAGUAGCUCAGGUUGCGAGCUUUCUAACGAGCCUAUUUUCAGGUCUUUAUGCAAAGGCGUGUGUUUGUGGCGGCGUUUCUUGUAAAGCUGAACAUUCUGCCAGAUUUCUGCCAGAUUCGGUUUGUUACGAUUUCUUCAUUCCUAGAGCUAGCAGAUGCCGAAUAGAGGCUCUGUAGGUGCUGAGGGCGAGACGGCACGUGGAGUUAGAGAUAGGGAGCAAGGGGGAGCUGCUGGUGAUGGUGCUGGAGCUUCACAACCGAGGGGAGAAGCUCAUCAGCCUUCACUACCCACGUUAUCUACUCCAUCUCCACCAUCGAACCCUACCGUGGAUCCUAUGAAGGCUUUCUCAAUUGAGAAGUUCAUAGGGGAGGGAUUUGAGCACUGGAGCUUUCGAAUGCGUCUUAUGUUUACGCAUUAUCAUCUGCUAGAGCUCGUGGAGGGAAGGGAGAAGAUACCGGAGAACGCGGAUGACCGUGGCUCAUGGAUAAAACGCUCGUUCGACACGUACAUGCUCUUGGUGCAAGCGGUUGGAGGGCGCCAGUUGGAUCACAUCAAGGAGCUGCUUGGAGAUCCCAAGUGUGGACCAAAGGCAUGGAAGAAGCUGCAAGAUAUCCACUCACCAACUCACGCGACCGGCAUUGUGCUAUUGGCGCGUCGAUUGCGCGACAUCAAAUUCGUGGAUGGAGAGCCAAUGCAACCGGUUUUGGAUGAGAUGCCGGAUAUCUUCUCCAAAUUGCAAGCGGGAGGAUUGGUCUACCCUGAGCUCAUGCAGUGUGUGGAGAUUGUCAUCAGAUUGCCGGAGUCUUGGUCUGCUCUUGCUAUCAACCUCAACUCUCAGCAAUCCCAGUGGAGCUUGGAGUACAUUCGCGCACGGAUCUUGGAGGAAGAUCUACGGCGACAGAGUGUGGAUCGCUCGGGGGAUGCUGCUGGUUAUGGAGUUGGAGGAGGGAGGAGUGAAUUUAAGAAGAAGUGGAAGGGCAAGAAGAAUGACAACUCUCAGGAGGAGAGUACUGGAGGUCAAGACUGGAGCCAAGGAGAUGUAUGCUUCUAUUGCAAGAAGCGCGGUCAUCGCUGGAGAAAGUGCUAUCAACGGCCUAAGGACUGGACCCCACCUUCAUGGACCAAUCAGCAAGGAGGAAAAAGGAGUGGGGGAGUUAUGGGAGCUGGUGGAGAGGAGGACGAGGAGGAGAAAGGCGGAAAAGUGGGUGAGCGGCGGCCCGGUUUCUUUUUCUUUGUGAACGAGGGUGCUGCGGAUCCAGCAAUGGCUGCCAAGGUUCUUCUACAUCCGCUAUCUCAUUGGGUCAUUGAUUCUGGAAGCUCUUGGCACAUGACUCCUCGUGUGGACCUGCUUGAUGAGAUUCAGCUAGCACCAAUCGCUACUGUCACAUCCGCUACAGGAGCCAAGGCUAAACUGAUGGGCAUGGGGCGUGCCAUGUUUGUGGGUGCGGAUGGCGAGUUGGUGGGCUUGAAGGAGGUGCUUUGGGUACCAGAUUUGUGCGCGAAUCUGAUUUGCACCGGCCAUUUGGGAGAUGUGGGCGUGAACUUUGAAACCAUCGGCUCAGAGCGCUAUCGUGCUUAUAAGGAGAGCCGACUCAUUUGGGACCUGCAGCGUAAUGGGGGAGUCCACCGGCGCAUGUGGCAGAUUCCCGUGCUCCCAUGGCCUAAAGGGAAUGAGCCAGCAGCAGCAGCAGCAGUUGAAGGAGUCAUGGAUGAUGAAGAUCAUGAGGAGUGUGAUGAGGGGCUGAUUGCGGCGGCUGGAGCAAGUGCGGCUGUCAAGGCAUCGGCAACCUCUGGACAAGCCUCUUGGGAGACAUGGCAUAGACGUCUUGCACAUGUGGCUGUUUCUACAUUGGAGGUGAUGGCGAGAGAGCAGAGUGUGCAAGGGCUUCGUCUGCAUGGAGGCAAUGCUGAUUCUCAUGACUGCGAGGUGUGCAUGCAAAGUAAAUUUGCAUGUUUUCCCUUUCAUAGAGUGGAUGGUUCUGCCAAGGCACCAUUGGAAGUGGUGCAUAUGGAUCUGGUGGGUCCGAUGCGGACUGAGGGCAUUGGUGGAGCCUUGUAUUUCCUAACUCUGGUGGAUGACUGGAGCAGAUUUACAUGGGCGCGACCUUUGUCAAAGAAGUGUGAUGCGGCAGCGGCAAUCAUUGGUUGCCAAUGGUUGAAAGGCAGUCUCAACGGUUGGUGAAGGUGCUGAGGAGUGAUCGUGGUGGCGAGUUCCUAGGAGCAGAUUUCACUGCUUGGCUCAAGAAGAACGGCAUUCGACACCAACUGACCUGCCCUGGAACACCACAGCAAAAUGGCAUUGCUGAACGAGCCAACAGAACCAUUGGCGAGGCGGCCAAGGCAUUGU